AGACCUUGUUGGUUAGACUUAGGCGAUAUUUAAUAUUGCUUUGCUCUUCAUUCUUUUAAAAACUUAGAUUAUUGCUCUCUGGUAGGGAGAUGGGGAGAUUUAGGUCCUUUUUAACAAGGGUGAUUUUACCAAUUGCCCACAGGAACCGGUAAGAGCUCAGGUAGCCUAGAGGAUUUUGUGAGAACUUUAAAACCCUUUUUAGCAUUUUUUGACAAUACAUACGUUUCGCUUUUGGUGGACAUCAGAGAAAAACUAAAAUGCCUUUUCUCCUUUUGUCUUCAUUUCUUCCCCCCUUCUGGACUGAUUUGAAUUGUUAUCAAAGCAUUGCGACCCUUCUCGACGCUCCUGCCUCCUUGCAGCUGGCUCAACUGUCAGUUAGCACUAAUGCGGAUAAACAACGCUAAUGCUGCUGGCAGCUGAUCUGCAACCUUUACGGCCAACUCCAACACACCUGCUCCCUACAUACCUACACCACCCCCUAUCUGGCUACUUCGGCCAUCAAUCUCUUUAACAACCCCUGCAUAAUGCAAAUGCCUCUGGGUCCCAAAGUUCAACCCAGGGACAGUGUGGAGUGCCCAGUUUAAAGACAAAGAAGUGACUCCUGCCAACCCUGGAGGAAUGCUUCUGUCGCUGAUGUCUCAGUCAAUGAGCUACAGGCCUGAACAGAGUAGGACCAUAAUGAACAACGACUUAGAGAAGUCCACAGACAUGCACAUUAGCAGAACCAGAGAAGAGGAGGUGCUUCUCUGCAAACCAAUGCAUCAGUCGAUAGACCAGGGCACUCGCUCUACCAGCACUCAAAGGGAUGAGUUUCUCUCCUCAGGCACAGGGAAGGCCUCCCACCCACGCUCCUCAAGCUCUGCCUCUCUAGCACAUAGACACACAGAUAUUGAAAGUGGAAGUAGCUCUUUGGACUGGUCGUCAAACUACAAAAUUCCAACUGUUGAUGACUCUAAAUUUUGUCCAUCAUCUGCUUCGUCUAACUGUGCAAGCAGUGGUGCCUCUGAAUUAGCUGCUAACAUCCUUCUGCAAUUUGGACUUGAAAAACAGGACUUGGACUAUCUCAUUUCCCUCCCCGAAGACCAGAUUACUCUUGAUAACCUGCCACUCAUCUUGCACCAAAUACACAUUCAGAAGGCCAAGAGUGCUACAACAGCAGUUCAGUCAGUACCCUACCCCGAACCCCAACCCAACAGAAGCGUGGGGACAGGGAUGUGCCGGGAGGAAACAGCUGUUCUCCAGCCGAGUAAAGUGAUUGACUAUGGACGAUCAACUUCUUCAAGGUCUCGUUUUCACUCCCCAUUGUAUGACCGUCCGACCUUCUCCCGCUAUCGGUCACAUUCAAGAAACCCUGAUAGACAAACGUCACAGAGGAUGAGAGAUGAGAAACAGUCCUCACCAAGGAGGAAUGACGACAGACAAGCAUUUCCAAGGAGUAGCCGUGAGAGACGAUCGCCACCAUGGAGGAACCAUGAGAGGCAAUCGCCUACAAUGGGUUCAUCCCCUCGACGAAAGAAGUCAAGCAGUAGUGAGAUGCUGAAUGCACCUGUUUUCAAACAGUCUGACCUGGAGGCCGGGGUUAAAGCUCUGGUUCCUACCUUAUGGGAUGAGCUACACAAGAUGAAUACCCCCUCAUCAUCAUCCUCAUCUUCCAAAGGUACUUGUAGCUCCCGUGGGACUGAGCCUGGUCCGAGUGCUUUGAGUUCUUCUAAUCCACACCUAGGAGCAGAACCCAUGGCGAUCAGCGAAAGUGACCGUAAAGGGACUCCCCAUUGCCCAGAUCAACGCGUUGAAGUCACAAAGAAAAUUGUCUUUCUGCAGUUCCUCGACUACGACAACAACAGGAUCCAACACCGGUGUUAUCCAGAUCACAAGAUAUGGUCCAGGAUUUGCUGGUGCAGAGAGGGAGAGAUUCCAGAGAGACGAGACGGAAAACUCCCUUCUGUGUCCGUGUGGAACUGGAACACGGGACCCGGUAUCCUCAGACAGUCACAACUCCUGUGCACCCAGUACCCACCAGAGCAUCACCGGAUGAAUCGACUGAGGUGUGCACUGCAGAUCUACCAACACCCAAGGGGAGCCUGGUGCCUGAUCGAUUGCAUCGACAGAAAUGAGGUACUAAUUCGGCAGUACGUUCUGACACCCAAUCCGGCCAUGUUCCAGAGUCAGUCAGAGAGCGUGGACUGUUGGAGAGAGGGGUUAUCGGACUUUCCAUCAAGACAGUAUCCUUUCUUUGCAAGAGAGGGUGUUGUGAGAAUGAGAAGUGUGAAGAAAGGGACACAGGUUCUGGUCCUUGGGGGGCCUUCAUAGAAACCAUUUGACUGCCUGACACAUAUAUACAAGCCACAUGGUAAAAUGAUGAUUUGCCUGUGCUUUAAGACUGAUUAUUGUUAACUGCUUAGCUCAUAUUAAAUAAGUACUAAAAUUAAGUUUUAAAGAUGUUUUAUUUGAAAAAUUGUUUUAUAUUUUACUAAGAAGUGUUUCUCUGCAGUGUCUUGUGCCCUGACCUUUGUUGGCCUCUAGAGACCUUUGGUUGUACAUGAUCAUGUCUUAGAUUAGAUGUUGAUUUCCAGUAAAGAGGAAGCUAAAGUACGCUCUAGCUGGAAACUAAAUACUCAAAAUAAAAUAAAAAAGGCAUCCUUUAAGACAUACGAGCAUAUAUCUCGUUCACAUGAGGGAAAGUGUGAAAAGAGGUGUGAAGAUAAGGGGAAGAUCAAGUUUUGCCUCUUAAGUUUAUUUAAUUUUUCAAGUAAAAAUUGUAUUUUUAGUAAACUUUAAGACUUGUCUUCUGUAAUGAUGCAUUCCCUGAUGACAUCAAAAUAACUGUUUUGAUCAGCAAAAGUGCACCAUUUGCUAAUGUGACCAACCAUUUCUCUCCUUUAUGAAGUCAGAAAGACUUGAAAUGAGUGUUGUCAUAAAUUGGUUUAAUGUUUA